CGGAAAGAUAUCACGACAAGCGGAAUUGAGCGCGGCACCUGUGGCAUCAAAGUUCGGUGGACACGGUUGUCAGCCAGGCUGUUCCAUCGUCAACAGCGAAUCGGAGCGUCUUCAAUUACCAUGUAGUACCUCUACGCAGCUUCGUCCUUGUGAGGACAGCCCCACCGAAAUCGCCCGUUAUUUUCAUCAUUUCAUGUCGCUUGCCUUCUUCCUUCUCAGACUUGGUUCCCCCAUUGCCUUGAUUGGACAAACCUGCACCUUUCCCCGACACCGACUUCACCUAAAUUGAUUUGAUCAACCCUCGAACCACUUUCUCUUUUCUGACUGCGCUCCCGCUACAAACACACGAGCUUCAAGCAAUCCCUCUUCCUUCGACAGGAUUACCCUCCAUCGACCUAUAUCACACUCGAGCUUCCCCGAAUCACAACAAACACCUUCCCCAAAUCUUACCCAACCACCGCCAUGUCUCAAUCACUCAGCUUCGACGAGGUGAAGACACACAACAGCAAGAAAGAUCUGUACCUCGUCAUCCACGACAAGGUCUACAACACCACAUCCUUCGUCGACGAGCAUCCUGGUGGUGAGGAAGUCCUUCUCGACGUCGGCGGUCAGGACGCAACCGAAGCCUUCGAGGAUGUCGGUCACUCGGAUGAAGCCCGCGAGAUCCUCGAAGGUCUUUUGGUCGGAGAACUGAAACGAGGUCCUGGAGACCCAGCCCCCAAGACCGGCGCUACCGACAAGAUUGCCGCUGGACCUGGAGGCCGAUCUGAUGGUCCUGGCAUGGGAGUCGCCAUGUAUGCCGUCCUACUGGUCGGUGCUGCGGCCGCCUACUUCGGAUAUACCUACAUGCAGAGUCAGGACAGCAGCAAAUAAAUUUGAGCUCCGGAAAUAGCAGAAAAAGAGAUGGGAUUUGGGCGGCGUUGUUGAAGCUGGUUCCUGUGAAAUUCGCACAGUAAUCAGGAGCCACCCUUGUGUUGGGUUUCGCUCGAACGAGUACGCGCUGCAAAUAAAGCAAUGGUGCCGGGUUGAGCCAAUUUGAUCCGGCAAAGAAGCGUGCAAUUGCGUUUGCAGAUUUACUAGAUGGAAAUAUGUCAUCUUGCGCCCAGCCACGCAGCAACAAGAAUCCUCGACUAUACAAUUCCAGGUCCAA